UUCACAGAUUCGCAAAAAACAAAUUUGAAUUUGCUGGCGAAGCAAGCGUGGGAAUGUUUUUCUGGCCCUGAAAGAUAUUAAGAUAGUAUUUUUUAAAACGUUUUGGCGAAACGGUAGGGAGGUCAGACUCAGUUGUAGUGAAAGCGCGGAACUCAUUGGAACGGUAGAGGAGGAAGAAGAAAACAGCCGCCAAGAAGGGGAUGAAGCGUUUGCGGUAGCUGCGGCGGCUAAUGCUCUCAAAGGUGUGAGGAAUUGGGAUGGGCCUGCUUCCUAAGUAGAAGAAACCUGCGGAAGUAACUUGCACCGUUUUCUGGUGCAGAAACACUGACUUCGGACGAGUAGGUCUCUUGAGUGGAUCACAGAGGAAGAAAAGUCAGAAGAACAGUUCUGAGAUUCUCUAGUCACGUUUCUCAAAAUUAAGAUAAUUAAAAACUGUCCUCAUGGCUAGAAUUGUAGAUUCUAAUCUAAGUGCACUUUAUUUUAAUAUUUGAAAUCUGUCAUUGCACUCAAACUGAAAACCCCAGUUUGUAUUUAUAACAUUUAUAUGAAUGGCAUAGUGUGAUGCUUAAAAUGGCAGUUGAUAUUUAUUAUUUUAUAAGUGUAGUAAAAUAAUGCGACUGAAAUCAUUGAAGCAUUAUUUUACCUAAAGAAGAUAUCUCCUUCGUUAAUGGAUUGUCAUGUCCGAAGAUGGUCUUUUGGAGGAAGACAUUUGGGAAUAUAAAUCUAUCAGGAAGCAAAAGCCAAUAAGCCAACAUUCAGAAGUCAUUGCUACCAAUAUACAAAAAGCAAAGGUUGGAAAUGAUAAAUCACGAAGAAAUGACAAUAGAAAUGAUGGGAAAACACCCAAAGGAAAAGAGGCCCCUAAGAAGACAAAGCAAAGGCCAAGAAAAAGAGGUAACCAGACCCCCUUAAAGCCAGUUUUUUCCAGUGAUGAUCCUAUUAAACUGUCACAGGAAGGUCUGUCAACAACUUCAGCAAAAGAAACAAAAAUCUGCGAGAGGCAAAACUCUGCAAAAGCCAGACCAGUUUUUGAGGGGUAUUGCCCAAGUUGUCAAAUGCCAUUCUCUUUAUUGUUGAUCGAGACACCUCAGUGGCACGUUACAGAAUGUUUGGAUGUCUCAGGAACUGCUGAGAAAGAAUGUCCUGAUGGUGUCUUGUGCUCUUCAGUCAUUCCUUCUCAUUACAAACGCUACAGCCAUUUCCAACUUGCAGCAAGCAGAGCACAGGACUCUACUUCUGCAUUCUCCUUAUCUAGUGCAGAAAAUAAUUUCAUUAGACCUGGUGCUGCUUCAUGUAAUGAAUUUAACUGUAGAGUAUUCCAGGAUAUGAAGGUCUUUCAGAGUUUGGAAAAAUCAAAACAGUCUCUUCUGUUACCAAAAGAGAGUUCAAAGACUAUGGAUUCCAUCAAUAUAACCAACAUCGUGGCUUCAUCUUUGGGAAAUAUUAAAGAACCUGAACAUACAUUACAGUAUAUAGAUGGAACAAAGCGGGUUGAAUGCCUUAGUCCUUUUUCUCAAGAAACUGGAAGAACUGAGAAGCUGGACAGUCAGCUUUGCUCUUUUCAGCAGAAUACCUAUGUCUCAGAAGCUGAUUUGAAUGACAGUGACAUUUCUUACUCUCCACUUCAUACAGAUGAGGAAAAUGCUACAGAAACAGACGAGGCAGACAAGGAAGCAUUGGAGAGGAAGGUAGCAGUAGCAAAGAUAACAUGUAAAAAAAAUCUAUUUGAUACCAGAAAUUUGGAAAGUCAAAGUAGAACUGUUGGAAGUUUAUCUAAUAGACCACAACAGAUGCAAUUUCAGCAUAAAAGUGUUAAAAUGAUGCAAUAUGGAACAACAAUCAAUGAACCCUCUGAAAUUUUACCGGCAAGUAUGGAUGGAACAUCUAAGCCUCUCCCCCAAAAGAGCAUGCAUAGUAACAUUGGCAGUUCAGCAAGUUUUCUUGAUCAGCUGAAAUGUCCCACAGGAGAUUUCAGUUUAAGAAAAGCUGAGGAAGAGCUUGACUGGCUUAAAAUGAACUCUUCUAAUUUUAAUGCAGGUGACUGUGGGCAGGGCAGCUCUAAUGACAGUUAUUGGCUCUCUGCAGGUUCUGCUGUUAAGGAUCUAGUGCUUUCUUCAAAAUCUGAAAAAGGGGCUCUGCAGUCAUUCCAGCUAGGUCAAAGUGAGGUAGAAGAAAAGCUCAGUAACUUAGAUAUUAAAGGUAAGACUGUUAUUCAUACAUGCAGAAAUAGAGUGGUUCAGCACAAUUUAUGUUCAGAAAAAGACGAAGUAUCUUGUAAUAGUAUAGCUAUGUCUGUUUUUCCUGGUACAGUUUCUGAAACACAGCAGUCCAUUCCUGCUACAAACACUAAAGUCCAAACCACUCCUCCCAAACAGCUAAAACAAAUGGACAUUGGUGUUUUCUUUGGGUUGCAACCAAAAGUAAAAACUGAGAAUAUCCCAAAGAAAAAUCUUGAGGAAGCUGUGAUUAUGAAUCUGUCAGCUGCAAAUGGAAAAAAGCUCAUAUCUCGAAAGAGGAAGGCUGAAGGAUCAGUAGGAGACUCUGAUGCAAUCACAGAAAAUUCAAACAUUAAGUAUGAUACUCCAGCAGGUAGAACAUCUGGUGGACAGAGAAGGCAGAAAAAAAGAUACAGAGAGUCAUGUCCUGCUGAAGCUGAAAGAAAAAAGCAGUGUCCCUUUUAUAAGAAGAUACCAGGCACAGGUUUUGUAGUAGAUGCAUUCCAAUAUGGAGAGAUUGAAGGAUGCACGGCUUAUUUCCUUACCCACUUCCAUUCUGAUCAUUAUGGUGGCCUAACUAAAAAGUUUACAUUCCCAAUAUACUGCAAUAAGAUAACUGGAAACUUGGUAAAGAAUAAACUGGGAGUGCAAGAGCAAUAUGUCCAUAUCCUGCCAAUGGAUAGAGAAUGUAUAAUAAAUGGCAUCAAAGUAGUGUUGCUUGAUGCUAAUCAUUGUCCUGGUGCUGCAAUGAUCCUUUUCUCCCUUCCAAAUGGCACAGUAAUAUUACAUACAGGCGACUUUAGGGGAGAUCCUUCUAUGGAGUGCUGUCCUUUCCUGAGUGGUUGGAGAGUUCAUACUGUUUACUUGGAUACAACAUAUUGUAGUCCUGAAUACACUUUUCCUUCGCAGCAAGAAGUGAUUCAAUUUGCUGUCAGUACUGCCUUUGAAAGAGUGACUGUAAACCCACGAACAUUAGUUGUUUGUGGAACAUAUUCUGUUGGAAAAGAAAAAGUCUUUCUAGCUAUAGCUGAAGUUUUGGGCUCAAAAGCAAGCAUGUCUCAGGAGAAAUACAAAACCCUACAAUGCUUGGAAUCGGCAACAAUAAAUUCCCUCAUCACUUUGAACUGGAAUAAUACCUUGCUACAUCUUCUGCCUAUGAUGCAAAUUAAUUUUAAGAAUUUGCAGAAUCAUUUGAAUAAGUUCUCUGAGAAUUUUGAUCAUAUUUUGGCUUUUAAGCCCACCGGGUGGACAUAUUCAGAUGGAUGUUGUUCUCUGAGUGAUAUCCAACCUCAGACAAGAGGAAAUAUCACUAUAUAUGGGAUUCCUUACAGUGAGCACAGCAGUUUCCUUGAAAUGAAACGAUUUAUUCAGUGGUUGAAACCUCAGAAAAUUGUUCCUACUGUAAAUGUAGGAAAUUGGAAAGCUAGACAUGAAAUGGAGAAGCAUUUCAGGGACUGGAAGAUGGAAGUUGCAGAAUGGAAUUAAGAAGUGUAAGAUUUUUACUACAAUAAUUAUAUGCCUUAAAUUCUGAAAAAAUUUUCUCCAUUGUUCUUUGACUCUGACUCACAUGGAAACAAUGGAGCAAGUCAACAGAACAUGCUGUAUUUACAGAAUUUACAGAAUCCAGAAGAUAUACACGGACCUCAAAAAAUGAAAUCAAGCAAUAUAUAGUCAUUAAUGUUUUUACAUUUUAUCUUCAUUUAUUCUAUUUAAAAAAUAAAUA